CUAGCUAAUGUUAGUUAGCAUCCGCAUCACAUUUAUCCACAUCGGACAGCUGAUAAGUUGACUAAAUACGGAUGACCAACUAGCCUAAACACAUUUUUCACAUAGAUAAUUAACAUUAAUGCGAUUUUUAAGCGUUUUCCGUGCGAAAGAUCUUUACUGUCUUUUGUGUCAGACCGAAGACUGCCCGUACCUGCGCAGUAGUAGCGUUGCGAGCCAUCGCAUCUUAUCAGCUGGGCCAGGAAACUGGCUGUUGCUGUACCGAUUUUAGUUCAGAUUUCGUGCAACUUUUUGCAUGCAAGAACUUGAACUUAUCCAUUGGACUGAUUUUAUGAAAAAUCGUGUCAUUGAAUAACGUCAAGAAAGACCGGCGUUCACCCAAGGCAUCUGACGAGCGAACUAGAGUGUGGGACUACUUCGUGUAUAUCCUACGUCGAAAUGGAGGUUCUAUGUUUCCGGUUACCUGGCCACGGUGACGCCACGCUGCGGAACAUGAACUGCCUGCGGUCGCGGCAACACUUCUGCGACGUCACCAUCGUCGCCAGCGACCGGCAGACCUUCCGCGGCCACAAAGUGGUCCUGGCCGCUUGCUCGCCCUUCUUGAGGGACCAAUUUCUACUGAACCCCUCCUCGGAACUGAAGGUGUCAGUGUUGCACAGCUCCCGUGUGGUCUGUGAGCUGCUCCAGUCCUGCUACACCGGCAUACUGCAGUUCAGCCCCAAGGAGAUCAUCAACUACCUGACGGCCGCCAGCUACCUGCAGAUGGAGCACGUGGUGGAGAAAUGUAGGGGAGCCUUGAGCCAGUACCUGCAGCCCAGAACUCCCAGUCCCCCGGGGACUAUCAAAUCGGAGGAGAGUGAGCCUUUGCUAGCGUUUGACAGUGGUGACCAACAUCCUGUACGAUCCAGAUCGCCCCCUGGUGGGAAGGGGAGCUCACUGCAGCCCCACAGAAAUUCCGCAGACAGGCAGUCCGACGUACACAAAGACCCCAAUGCUGCACAAGACAUUCCAGAGUUCAGGGUGAGAUCAGCGGGCCCUUCCGGAGAGUUCCAGGAAGAGGAGGAGGAGGAGCGGGAGGACUUGGAGGUCUUCCAGGUGUGCAUCGAGGACGAGGAAGAAGGGAUUGAGGAGAAGAGGGAGGGAGAGGGGGAGGAGGGAGAGUAUGGCAGCAGGGGAGAGGUGGUGGUUGCCCUGGACGGUAACCAAGGCAACGGCGACGAGGGCCACUUCGGGGCUCCUGCUGCGGCGGGAAGGGAGGGGUACAGAAUGUUCCGGAGGCGGCCCUGGGAGAUGGCCAGGGGCAGGGGGAGGGGCUUCCCAGGCAGGCGGCGUGGGAAUCGAGAGAGGAGGCUGGUGGGCGCCCCCCCGGCGGAGGAGUGGCGCAUCCCGACACCAGAGGAAAUCAUGGGGAGCUUCGGACUGGUCCACCCGGACUUCGGCCAAGAAGGGGGGGGCCCCGCAGUGCCUGGGGGGUACGAGCUCCCCCAGGCGGAGGCCGACAGGGCCCUGAGGGCGGGCUACGGGAUGGGCGAAGGCCAGGGCGGGGACUUCGGGCUGGGGGAGGGCUCAGGCGCGGGCGGGGAGGGGGAGGAGUCCGAGUCGGUGGCGGUGGUGGGCUCCACCUCCUGCGGGGUGGUGUCCUGCGAGCACUGCGGCCUGGCGUUCCCCUCGGCUGAGUCCUUGGCCCUCCACGCCAGCUCCGCCCACCAGGCGCUGCUGUUCGUCUGCCCGCGGUGCGGGAAGCACUUCAGCCACGCCUACCACCUCAACCGCCACAUGAGCACGCACCGCGGGGGCCGCUGCCACCGCUGUCCGCUCUGCCACAAGACCUUCACCCAGAAGUCCACGCUGUGCGACCACAUGAACCUGCACAGCGGCGAGCGGCCGCACCGCUGCUCCUACUGCCACGUGCGCUUCGCCCACAAGCCCGCCCUCCGCCGCCACCUGAAGGAGCAGCACGCCAAGACCACCGCCCAGAACUGCCUGGAGGCGCAGCGGGAGCGCGAGAGGGAGGCGGACGGAGAG